AUGGCAGCUCCACCUAAGCAGAAGGUGGUUGUGGUGGGUGCAGGGCCAGUGGGGUCCCUGGCCGCGCUAUAUGCAGCUUCCCGAGGAGAUCAGGUCGAAGUAUAUGACUUGCGCGGAGAUCUCCGAGACCCAACCACAAUUCCACUCAAUUUCACCAAGUCUAUCAACUUGGCUCUUUCGGAACGGGGAAUUCACUCUAUUCGACAGUCCUACCGCCAGGGUCUGACCGAUGAUAUUCUACGUGAUACCAUCCCCAUGUAUGGGCGCAUGAUUCAUGGUCGAGAGCGGGGGACUUUAUGGAAGGCCGCUCAGGCCUACGAUAUCCAUGGCCGGGCUAUUAAUGCCGUUGAUAGAAGCUCUCUCAACAACGCUCUUCUCGAUGAGUUAGAGCGUAGCCCCAACGUGAAGCUAUUCUUCAACCACAAACUGACAGGUGCAGACUUCAACACCAACAAGGCUUGGUUUGAACGCCGUAUUCCCGGAGAAACUCCUCAGUGUGAUGAUCUCGGUGUGGCUGGACGAGUACCUGAGAUUGAGGUGUCCUUCGACUAUCUCAUUGGUGCCGAUGGCGCGCACUCUGCUAGCCGGUUCCAUAUGAUGAAGUUCGCACGUGUCGACUACCAACAGGAGUAUAUCGAUACAGUGUGGUGCGAGUUUCGCAUUCCGCCCACUGAGAAUGGUGACUUCUCAAUAUCGCCAAAUCAUUUGCAUAUCUGGCCAGGCCGCGAGUUCAUGUUCAUCGCGCUUCCGUCGGCAGAUAAGUCGUUCACUUGCACAUUGUUCGCACCGGAAUCACACUUGGCCCCCUUAGAAAACGCACCAAAGGCUCUUCAUGAAUUCUUUGACCUGCAUUUCCCAGGUAUAUGCCCCGAGCUUAUUGAACCAGAAGCGCUGAGCGAGCAGUUCACGUUGAAUCCUCAUCUCCCUUUAAUCAGUCUCAAAUGCAAGCCGCAUCAUUUCAGCGCUAGCGUCGCCAUUAUAGGUGAUGCAGCCCACGCUGUACUCCCGUUCUAUGGCCAGGGACUGAACGCCGGAUUGGAAGAUGUUCGUGUUCUGUUCGAGCUCCUGGAUAACUUUGGUGUCUAUGACAGCAAUAUUAGCGUUUACACCCGCAGUGUGCGACGUGGCGCUGCAUUCCAGGAGUACACCAAGCAGCGCUGUGACGACACACAUGCGAUCAACGACCUGUCCAAGCAGAACUAUCUGGAGAUGAGGUGGGGUGUCAAGUCACCGCUAUACAAGCUGCGGAAAAUAAUUGAGGAAACCAUCGACCAACGAUUUCCGUUCCUGGGCUGGAAGACCCAAUAUGCCCGCGUCAGUUUCAGUAACCAGCCGUACGCAGAGAUUGUCCGAGCUGUACAGCAUCAAAGCCAGACGUUAGGAAUUUGUCUUGUCACAACGCUGGUCACUACUGCCGGCGCCUUCUCAGUACUCAUGUGGAAAUAUCCACGGUACUUUUCGCCUAUGGGCCUUAUUCGAUCCUCCAUACAUCAGCUGGCAGGAUUCUUGGCGCGUGCUACAAGAAAGAACUGA